UCACACUGUAUUAAGAGUGAACAUGUAAUAACAGAAUCACUUCCAGUCCAUUCCUAUAACUUGCAAAAGUGCUUGUACCUUGAUACCGCUGCAUGCAACUAUAGUUCCUUAUAUCUUGUCCCAUAGUCGCACCCAUCUGCUGGUAGAAAUUCUGCCUUUUGGCAUUGUUUUAAUCAAAGUACUUACUCUUUUUAGUUAUAUUGCCUCCCUUGUAAGUUAACUGUUGGCUUUGCUGAAAAGCUGACUGCUGAAUUAGGGAUGAGAUGAGACCCAUCCAAAGCACGCAACCUUUCCAACGAGAACAUACAAUGCCUUUUCCUUCCACGAGAGUGUGCAAGGGCUGUGCUGUCAUUGUCUUUAACACAGAAGGCAUUGCUGAGUCAAACAGGUGGCAGAGGAAACCAAGAAUGAUUGUUGGUCCAAAAUUACUGAACUAACAUGAAGAGGUUUCGACCCGUUGCUGAUUAUGGUUACAUUCUGAAAUCGAAGGUUCUGACUUCGAUUAAAUCCUGAUCACUUAAUCAGCCUUUCUUUUAUUGAAGUCAACCUUCAAUUUUACUAUGCAAACAUAUUUUAAUUUCCUGUCAUGAAUUUAACAGAUGUGUAUUAAAACAUGUUUUGGAUUUAUGCCACUCAUCUACAAAAUGUUAGAGAAUUGAGAGCAUUGUUUUAACUGUCAUGAUAUUACAGACACAGACUACAAUGUAACUGUUGUCUUUGAUUCAACUGGCCCCUAUAAUCUGUCCUUCAGCAGGAACACAGCUUCCCUGGUCUCCAUGCCUAUCAAGGGACCUUAUUUAUUACACACAAUAAUGUAUCUUAUUUAUACACACUAUUACCAUGUGUUUCCACUUGGGAAGGGGACAGGGUGAUGGAUGGACAGGACACAGAGACAGAGACAGGAGAAGAACAAAACAGUACUAAAGAAACAAAGAGAGUCCAUGUUGUAGCAAGUGAUUCAAAAGCAGUCAGUACAACACAGUUUAAUCCCUUUGGCUAAAGUUGCUGACAGUGGAUAACCCUUUAAAAUGCCCCCUGUCAUGCCUCGUGGUAUAGGAGUGCCUCCCAGCAUGUUAGUAAAGAUUUGUGCUUUCAAACAGGCCAGUUCCACACGCACAAAUUCGGCCACAGGACUGAAUCCCCUUAGCUGCUCCAAACCCACAGACCAUUUCUCUUUAUACGCCAGUGAGCAGGCCAAAGCUGAACAAGGUCAGUAAUAUAUGAUGAGUAGCUUGCGUCGAUGGCGGGAUGCUGAUUAGAUGACAGUGUCAAUCAAAACCUGAAUGUUGAACUAAAAUUGUUAAUGUAAUAAUUUUUGCUUGUAAAUGGCUCUUUUUUUGGUGUGUUGAUUAUCAGUUCACUGAAUGAUUCAGUGAUAACAUGUCUGGAAAUUGUAUUAUGUAGUUAAUUGUCAUACACUUAAACUGUUUACCUUGAUGAACACAGAAUCAUUUCCCUCCGUGAUAACUUGAUUGACCAAUAAAUGUGUUAUAUCAAUUUUAUGGAUGGUAUAAAAAAAUAUAUUUUGAUAUUUAACACACUUAGUAGGCCUAUGUGUAAUUUAUACAUUGAGAAGAUGUAUAAUGUACAGAUGUUGGAAUGCAGGAUUGACAACACCAUUUAGAGUUGUUGUAUAGCAACGUAAGCAUAGGAGUCACUGUACAUGACGUGAUAUUUCUUCACACCAGAGGAACCUGACACAGUCAGCUGUAGCCUGCAGAGUACAGAGGGACCAACCAGUCACAUCAUGAUUGAAGCUGACCGAGAGCUAUCAGCCAUGGUGCAGGAUAUAUGGGAUAAAGACGUCAACAGACUGAAACCAGGGACAGACUACCGGAUCUCUCUGCAGGGGAAAGCUGGGCCUGUGAAUGCUGACAUGAAUGAUGACAUGAAUGAUGACAAUGAUGGAGCCGGAUAUCCUCUGUUCUCAUUUGUCGAUGAACGCAUUUUCAAAAAGGAGUCUUUCUUAGCCUUUAUCUCUCUACUGGAUAACUAUGAAAGUGAUACGGGUGAGCCUGAGAUUGUAACCCCAGAGGAGGAAGCAGAAAACCACAAGUUUCUGGACUGCAUGCUUCGAACGCCCACCAUGAAGAUUGCACAUAAGUACCUAGUAGAGAAACAGCUCUCCCCAGAGGGAUUACCGGAAUUCAAGAAGCAGCUCUACCGUAUCUGGUUUGAGCUGUACGCCAGACGAGGAGCUAGCAAGCCAGACUCCUCAGGGUUUGAGCAUGUCUUUGUCGGAGAGACCAGAGGGGGCCGCACAGUCAUCGGCUUUCAUAACUGGAUUCAGUUGUAUUUGCAAGAGAAGCUGGGACACAUUGAUUACAAAGGCUACAGUGUGAACGCAAAUUCCCCUCAGCCUGACGAGAACAAGCAUAUCCUGGCGCUACAGUUCAGUUGGAAGAAUGGAAUAAAACCCAAAGGCAGCAUCUUCGUUGGCGUCAGUCCUGAAUUUGAGUUUGCCCUUUAUACCCUGUGUUUCCUGGUCUCACCCAAUGAGCGUGUCAAAGUGUUCUUCAGUAUCUAUGAGGUGGAUAUUGUCUGUCACCACUACAACCAGAAGCAUAUCGGCACAACUUACCCUGUUCUUGUGAAAUAUCAAAAUGAACAAAAAAACUAAUCAAACAGGACUCAAAUACACUCUCACCCAAGUGU